AGACAGAGGAAGAAGAAUAGAUAAAGGUUAGCCGUGCAUUAUUCUGAGAAUAAUUUUAUGGUAACAAAAUAACCAAAACCGUACAUCCUUUUUUCUUUUGCCUUUGGCCCCAUUGCCUUGAAAAAACCUUUUCUAACUUCAUAAUGUGUCAAGCAAUUAUAAGAAGCUAGCUACCUCCACUUCUCCUCCAAGCAAUGCUCCUCUCAUUUUUUACCUCCAAAAACAGCAAUCCACCAUGGAAGUGCCGCUUGAUGUAGAGUCCAAGACUCCUUUCCCUUCAUCUUCAUCGUCAUCCCCACCGGGAUUUAAGUCCCGCAAAGUGAAAAUUGGUAGUGAAAGCAAGGGAAAGGACGGGAAACAUCCAACAUACAGGGGAGUGAGAAUGCGUCAAUGGGGGAAAUGGGUGUCUGAGAUUCGCGAACCCAGGAAGAAGUCAAGGAUUUGGCUAGGCACAUUUCCUACGGCUGAAAUGGCAGCCAGAGCACACGAUGUAGCAGCUCUUACGAUUAAAGGCAACUCUGCUUAUCUUAAUUUCCCUGAGUUAACCCACCAGCUUCCUCGUCCGGUUAGUGCAUCCCCCAAGGAUAUCCAAGCUGCUGCGGCUAAAGCUGCCACCCUAACCUACACCAAAAGCCAUGAUGUUGAAGAUGAUCCAAUGCUUCCUCGGUCUCCAACAACGACAGCAACAUCUCAAGAAGAGUCACAUUUAAUCAAUGAUGAUGAAGCAUUCAUUGACCUUCCAGAUCUCUUGCUGGACAUGAAUCUUCAAAUUGAUGAGUUUUGGAGCUCAGUAUCAUGGAAGCUAGAUGAUGCUGUUGAAACUGGGUUUGGAGGUGAGGAGCCCCGUGCCAGCAACUUCAUUUUUCUUCAAUAAAAAAAAUGUAAAUUUCCAGGUUCGAAUUUCAAAUUCUUGCUUACCCAAAAUUCCAAACCUGGAUUUCACUGUGAUCACCCUCUUGUCUGGUUUCAUUGUUCAUAUCAAAUAUUGGACAUUGUAAAUAUGGAGUCCAUAGGUACAUGUAAGGUCGGAGUUCUUACACAAUUGUACUUUCCCUUUAUUGUUUUGUCGACCACCAUGGUUGAGAGGGGAAAUCUCCUCGGCUUUGAUGCCAUAUGAGGACAUACAUCCACCUUGCUAAAUUUAGUAACAAUUAUGACACGGCAUCACAGAAUCCCAUCAUUUGCUGAUGAAUCCUUUUUCUUCAUAAAAUAAUUUAUCCGGAGGUAACACCUGUUUUGCAA